GCGCUGACGUAGCUGUAAGGGCGAAAAAACACUUAUUCCCUCCCACUGUUUUACUUUAAAAGCAGGGUGGCAGAUGUGUUUGGAGAAGGUUAGAGGAGAAAUAAAACGAGAUGCAGGGCCAAGGAACUGAUGCAGGGGGGAGGGAGGAACUUGUUGAUGGCGUGGGAGGCGUGUGCUUCGUGCCUUCUGUGGUGGAGCGGUGGAGGGAGCUCCAGGAAUUCCAGGCCAGACCGGAUGAUACUCUUAUUGCCACAUUCCCUAAAGCAGGGACAUCAUGGGCAAUAGAGAUGGUGGACGUCGUAAGGAGAGGGGGUGACAUAUCAGGGUGCCUGCAGAUCCCUUCCAUGAUGAGAGCUCCUUUCUUGGAACUGAACCCACCCCCGCCGUUUCCCUCUGGGAUAGAUAUUUUGCAGAAUCAACCCUCUCCACGCCUAAUAAAAACUCAUCUCCCCUUCCAUCUCCUGCCUCCCUCAUUUGUGGAUCAGAACUGCAAGAUGGUGUAUGUGGCACGCAAUGCCAAAGACACAGCAGUGAGUUAUUUUCACUUCCACCGAAUGAAUAAGAAACUUCCAGAACCUGGAGACUGGAACCAGUUUUUUGACAGUUUCCUCACUGGACAAGUGGCCUGGGGUUCAUGGUUUGACCACGUGACUGGCUGGUGGAAGGAGAAGAACAACCACAGGAUACUCUACCUCUUCUAUGAAGACAUGAAAGAGAACCCUGCACGGGAGAUCGUGAAGCUGUCCGACUUCCUCGGCAAGAAGCUUGAUCAGGAAGCAGUUGACCGGAUAAUUGAGCACACGUCCUUCAAAAAUAUGAAACAAAAUCCAAUGACCAAUUUUAGCUUACUUCCUGGAAAUAUUUUUGACCAAUCGGUAUCCCCCUUUCUGAGGAAAGGCGAGGUUGGUGACUGGAAAAAUAUGUUCACUGUAGCACAAAAUGAAAAAUUUGAGAAGGAAUACCGCCAGCUGAUGUCAGACCGGGGCCCGUCGUUUCGCAUGGAGCUGUGAGAAUACACUGAUGAAAUGCGUGAAAAUUGCAGCAUUUAUGCUCUUUAAAUUGUACUUCAUUAUAAUACAGAAAUUACUAUGUACUCAGUGGUUAACAUUUAUGCAACACGAAAUUUCUGGAUUUUUUUUAUUAAAAAUAUUAAUUUUAAAGCUUUAAAGUUGUAAAGUACAGGCAGUCCCAGGUUACGAAUGAGAUCCAUUCCUAAGUCCAUCUUAAGUCAAAUUUUUAGGUAAGUUAACUGCAAUGUGAUCUGGCUUAAAAUGGCAGCGCUGACGGACCACUUAAACCAUGCGAUGUUUUUAUGAGCGUCGUAAAGUAGUGUGUGCGGUCAUGAUUACAAACCACUGUGUUUAACUCAGUGUUUUAUAUAAUAGGCUUUAUGGCAGUCAGUUUGUAAACAUGAGUUGUCUGUAAAUCUGACAUUCUUAACCUGGGAACUAACUGUACUAGCAGCUUGGAAAAUGGAAGGAUGAUUAUCAUAUUUUAGCGCUUUGACAUCUCAUGACGGUUCUUAUUUUUCUAAAUCAGUGAAAUAUAGGACAUGAAUUUAAUGUGUUUUGUAUAUGGAACGUAAAGGACAUGCAUAUGCCUUUACUAAAUGAAGAAGGUUCACACUAAAUGCUGCUGUACGUAUUCAUUUUAUAGACCUGAUGGAGAUUCAGUGGGAUGCUAUAUUGGCUGUUCAAUAAAUGUGUAUGGUGCUUA